AUGAGUAAAAAUCCAUCUGCUGUGCCAACAUCCAGUCUACUUGAAAAGGAUCAGACCUUUCAGCUGAUAACAGUUAUGAAGGAAACAGGUCUGGGUUUGAAGAUCUUAGGAGGAAUUAACCGAAAUGAAGGGCCCCUGGUAUAUAUUCAAGAAAUCAUUCCUGGAGGAGACUGUUAUAAGGAUGGACGUCUGAAGCUGGGAGAUCAACUUGUUUCAAUAAACAAGGAAUCCAUGAUUGGUGUCUCAUAUGAAGAAGCAAAAAGCAUAAUGGCCAGAGCCGAGCUGAGAUCAGAAUCCACUUGGGAGAUAGCAUUCAUAAGACUGAAAUCUGAUGGCAGUUAUCCAGGAAAUCCAUCUCGAACAUCUAUUUUACAAACUUCUGGAGAUCAUGGACCUCAGACCUCAAGCUUCAGUCUUCUUUCUUCUCCCCCUGAAAUACUAACUCCGAAGACCUCAUCAUCUCCCCAGAUACAAAACCCUAUUUUACCUUCAUUUAAGACAAAUCAGGUAAAAACUGGGCCCAGGAAAACAGAACAGACUCCAAUUACUUCUUCAGACAACAACCCUACAGACAUGUCUAAUACAGAUAUUGCCCCUGCCUGGAAAGAUAAUUAUGGACCACAAGGAAAGACGAUUUCCCUAAAUCCUUCUGCACGCCUUAAGGCAGAGAAACUUGAAAUGGCUCUGCAUUAUCUUGGUCUUCAGCCCACGGAGGAACAGCAGCAAGCCUUGAGACAGCAAGUGCAAGUAGAUUCUAGAGGAACAGUGUCUUUUGGAGAUUUUGUCCAAGUUGCCAGGAAUUUGUUUUGCUUGCGAUUGGAUGAUGUAAAUGUUGGUGCCCAGGAAAUGUCCACCACAUUCGAUUCACAGCUUCUUCCCUGUGAUUCUUUAGAAGCAGGUGGGAUUGAAAGGCUUAAGCGAGAAAGAAAUGAUGCCAUGGAAGAAGUGAAAACACUUAAGGAAAAGUUACUUGAAUCAGAAAUGCAAAGGAAGCAAUUGACAGAAGAACUCCAGAAUGUCAAACAGGAAGCUAAAGCCGUAGUUGAAGAAACAAGAGCCCUGCGAAGUCGGAUUCAUCUCGCCGAGGCUGCACAGAGACAGGCGCAUGGAAUGGAAAUGGACUAUGAGGAAGUAAUCCGUCUGUUAGAGGCCGAGAUUAUAGAGCUGAAGGCUCAGCUUGCUGAUUAUUCUGACCAAAAUAAAGAAAAUGUUCAGGACUUAAGGAAGAGAAUCACUGUACUAGACUGCCAAUUACGAAAAUCAGAAAGGGCUUGUAAAACUUAUGAGGCAUCCACCGAAAAACUUCUUCGUUUUGUAGAGGCUAUUCAAGAAGUAUUUUCUGAUAAUUCUGCUGCCUUAUCAAAUUUAAGUGAAAGAAGAGCUAUGUUAGCAUCUCAGACUUCCCUCACACAGCUGGGAAGGAAUGGGCGGAACAUCCCUGCAACCCUGGUGCUGGAAUCAAAGGAACUUGUGAAAUCGGUCCGUGCUGUACUUGAUAUGGAUUGUCUACCUUACGGGUGGGAGGAAGCUUACACAGCAGAUGGAAUCAAGUACUUCAUCAAUCACGUAACACAGACCACAUCCUGGAUCCAUCCUGUGACAAGUGCGCUGACCCUAUCUUGCUCAGAGGAGAAUGAAGAAGAUUGUUCCAGAGGCCUUCCUGACCAGAAGAGCUGCUGA